UCAAAAUUAUGCUCUUGUACGGAAUAGCAUACAUGAGGGGGAGAGCGUCAGCGCGAAGGCGCCCAAGUCCCUAGAGCGCGGCGAGCCCCAAGCUGCGCUCGGAAGAAAUUCCCGAGGUUUGUAAAUCGCCGUUUCGCAGGCUCGAGACUUUUGGACCUAAUGUGGGGAGCAUUGGAGCGCUGUGUGCAUUGCCACAUUCGGCUAUCAGGCAAGAGAACCGAAGAAUACUUUCAGUAGAAGGAUAAUAGUUUGGGCCUAGUCUGGAAUUCCUGGCGCUUGUAGGGAUUUUCUGUCCAGGAAAAUUUAAUCCAGUAGGAGGAUAAUAGUCCCGAAAGAACUCCUCGCUCACCAGGUGGAAUCAGGUGCUAGAAGAUUAUGAUAUUCUGGACCAUAUAAGUGCUCAAGGCCUAGGUAGAAGGGAGAAGAGUUCUACAUGCUGCCACAAAGGAUAAGAGGGUGUAAGAACGAGCUGCAUAGGUGACAGAAGAAUGGGAAGCGUGGAGCAGCCAUUGGAGUUAGCUCCCAGACCAAUCCAGCACGUCUACUCUAAGAGGCAGAAGAAAAAGCCCACGGACGACACCGAUCCAGCAAAGAGGAAGGAGCCCGAUAACUCGCUCGCAAGCCAGGAAAAUGGAGCUCCGGUGAAGCCGGAUGUAAGCAGCGGCGGUGGAACGAGUGACAAAGCUGGAGAAAAGUCACAGGAAGAAAAGGAGAGAAUCCGCGAGCCGAUGGAUCAGGAGAAGCUCCAAAGUCAGCACAAGAGCGAUGGAGAGAGCGAGGAGCACAGGAACUCGAAGAUGAGCCGGCUUUUAGAAGUGGCUACGAGCGAGUUCCACAGCGAGGAGCUGCUCAGGGAGGGUGGCGAAGCUACCGCCAACGGCGGGCUCAAGGGAUACCAGCGGCGGCGCAAGCGUCAGAUCGUCCAAGAUGGUGUCACUCCGGCGGAGAGCUCGCCGAGGAAAACGCUCGACCGGAAAAGAUCGCGGGAUAACUCGGACCUGGUGUCGAGCGAUCGUGUCUCGAAUGGAGCAGCGAGAGAUGGCGAUAGCGAUGGAGUCAAAGAGAUCGAAGCCGAGGGUGGCGAAGAAGAAGACGAGUAUAAUGGCGAAGAGGAAGAAGAGGAGGACGAUGACGAGGAAGGGGAUGAGGAGGAAGAAGAGAAGCGAGCUCCGAAACGCCGAGGACGAGCUCGAAAGGCGCCGUCUCCAAAGAGGGAGACGAUCAAACCACCAAAGCGGCGUCCUGGAAGGCCGAGGAAGGUGAGGCCGCCGCCAUCGCCAGACAACACCACCACCACCGCCACCACCAGGAACCAGAAGAUCAAUGCGAGCAGCAAAGAGGCUCUCCCACAGAGCUCCGAGGAUGGCCAGGACGAGAACUUGAGCGAUGGCGAGCGCCUCAAGCGCGCUCGCGGCUUCAAGCGCGUCUACCGCUGGCUCCACGAUCUGGAGCUCCUCAAGUACGCCGAGUGCUUCGAGAAGCACGAGGUGGAGGACGAUGUUCUUCCGCUGCUAACCUUCGAUGAUCUUCGCGAGAUGGGGGUGAGCGCUGUGGGCGCGCGCAGGAAGAUGUUUACGUCGAUCCAGGACAUGGAGCUUCCCCGGAGGAAGUCGCGCUAGAGGAAGACGAAGAAGAUUACCAUAACCAGCUCUUUAACUAAACUAAAAGAACUUGACGUU